CCACGACAAAGGCGCAUUAUCUGUAAACAUAAAUUGAUGCAGAAAUAAGGGUCCUUUCCGCCAUAUUUUGCGGUGUCCUCUAAUUCUCCGCCCGUAAUAUCUCUUUUUACCUUGUGUUCGAGAAAGGGAGAGCAACAUUCUGCCGCGGAGUCAACUAAGUUACUUCCAAGUGCUCAAAGAAACUAGACUAGGCAUUGCAGAAGCUCCCACGCUGCUCAGGAAGCUAGCGUUGCGUCGAGCAUGGCACGGUUGAUUUACCUCUGCGUCGCCAUUCACGCUCUCCUCUCGCCCUCUCUUGAAGUUGCGGCGGCAAAAACGUGUCCUCCGCCAACUGGGUUUGGGUACAAGAUCAACGUCGCACCAGGACCAAACAAGAACGGGCAGUACACCCAUGGCAAAGUGGUGACGUUCUCCUGCCCACCUCACGGCUAUACAACUCAUCCUGACCCGCCACCGAAGGCCACGUGCCAGAGCGACGGCUCCUGGAACGUGAACUUCACAGCGACGCCGGUCUACUGUCAAUUGGUGUCAUGCUCACCCAUCGAUGACAAUUAUCUGAUCCCAUUUGGAAGUGCGGGCGGUGCGGACCCAAAGUACACGCCUGCCGAUCGCCAGCACAUCUUCGGAGCUGUGGUGACAUACACAUGUGAUGUGGUGACAUACACAUGUGAUCCUGGCGCAACCGUAUCUGGCAAUGGUACCAGUGUUUGCCAAGAGGACGGCACGUGGUCUGGCAAUGCCCCGUAUUGUACUGUACCGCCUCAGACCUGCAAGUCCUGCGCAAGUUCCAAAACUGGCUUAACUCAAUGCUGCUCAAUGCAAACAGAUGAUCUGGGCUGCUGCUCCAAAGCGGCUCAACAAACCAUCAGUGCUAGAUUCGACGGCCUCCCGAAAAGCUGUGCUGCAGACCUGGAGAAGGAGCUCCUUCCUUGCGGCGGGCGUCUUCUGAAAUGCUUUGAUUCACCGACCACCCUUCAGAACACCGAGGAUUGCCAGAAGCCCCUGCCCAAGUUUGGAUGCUAUCAUAACCGAGUUCUGCCGGUUAGUUUGGGCAAGGACUUGGAUGGGAACUGCUCGGCUCUAGCUACAUCAUCAGACCCUGUUUCGUGUGUGCUGACAACUACGGAAUCCCUUGGAGGCACCCAGUACCCGCAAGGCCUGUGCCUCCCGUCGAGCUGUGCUGGCGAUCAGGCCACAAUAGACAAGAUCGUGGCGUCGACGCUGGAAAUGGACUGCAAGCAUGACAUGCUUGUCGACAAGCUGGGAUUCUGCGUGGCCUCCUCUCUCUCCCUCACCUGCUCCAACAAUAAGAAGUCAACAAUGACACCAUCAUAUCCUGGCUUGUGCCAAAAAGACAAGUGCCCGAAAGCGCCAUAUCCUACUUGGACGGAAUGCUGCGCUUUCAAUUCCACUGAGUCUGGAUGUUGCUCCUCUGUAGCUAAAGAUGUUCUGAAUAGCCGGUUUGCACCGCUGGAUGCAUCACCCAAGUGCUCUAGGGCACUGCACGGUCAGCUGUCAUCAUGUAUGUCUCAAUUGACGCAGUGCCUCAGCAACACCACAGGAACCAACACGUCUAACUGUCCAAACCUUCAUGGCUGCACUGUGCCAAUACAGACUGAGCAGACUUGUACUCAGUACGCCGGGGCCAAUUCAGUCUAUUGCACCAAAACCUGUGCAGGUGCUGCUAACUGUAACAAGGAGAGCUUCUGUCUGCCCGCGGACUGUGCAAGCAAGGACGCCAUCACACAAAUUGCCACCGGAGAUGCGCAGAUCAGCUGUGGCCUUCUGAAAUCGGGCAGUGGCAUUCAGUUCUGCAACGAAAUCACUGUUAAAAUCACCUGCAGUGGUGGCCUGACUGGAGCAUACUCAUUAGUAGAUGUUCCAAAGGCCUGUCAGAAGCCACCGAACGCAGAUGAGAAUGGCUACUUCAGCGUCUUCUAUCCGUCGCCGUCCACACCGAAGGGUACGUAUCCGAGCGGGACAGUGGUCGAGUACUUCUGUAAUGCUGGCUUCAAGAGUUCGCCCGGUGCCUUCAACAUCACUUGCAACAAUGGAAACUGGAACGGCAGUGCACCUGCUUGCACUGCGGUUGAUUGUGGCAAGCCAACGUUAGAUACGAAGACCGCCGCAAAGGUAUCCUACACCGGCAAGACUACGUUCAGCAACAAGGUGAUGUUCACGUGUCCACAGGGAUACAAUGCGUUUCCCACCAGCUCCUCGUGCCAAGCCAACGGAACAUGGGACUACCAUGUGCUUCCCUACUGUAUCUCUGUAAAAUGCCCGCCAUUCGAAGACAACAAGUUGAUCCCAUUCGGGUCGAUAAAGUUCAACGUCAAAGGAAAGGAUCCACGAUUCACUGGUGAUGACUUGUACAGUAUAUUCGGAGCUCAAGUGAAGUACACCUGUGAUAAAGGAGCCGCGGUCACUGGGACUGCUGUGCGCACCUGUGGCAGUGACAGAUCCUGGUCAGGUGACCCAUACUGUGAAGUGCCGAUCUCCAAUUGUACUACUGAAUCAUGUGCCAAAUCUGCGGACUCGGAGACGUCUUGCUGUGCGUUGGAUUCGCAGACCAUCGGAUGCUGCUCUGAGGCGGCCAUGGUGACCCUUGGGUCACGCUUCGAUGGGCUAAAAGGACAGUGUGCAAUGGACAUUGAAACAGAGCUGCUGCCAUGUGGCGGUCGCCUCAUCCAGUGCCUUGACUUCCCAGGCAAACAGAAGAAUGAGCUAAACUGCAAUCCCACUCCGACAUUCGGUUGCUACAAGAAUCAGAUCCUGCCCAGCGCACUUGGAGAUAAACUGGAUAGCAACUGCCAGGCCUAUUCUGAGACACAGGGCACCAUUUCCUGCUUGGCUGAGACCACUGUCACCCUGACUGGCACCCUGUUCCCUCAAGGCUUCUGUUUGCCGAAAUCCUGCAACCAGCAGGCUAUGCUUGACAAGGUUGCAUCAUCGACGAUCGACUUGGACUGCAACAAUGACCUACUAGUGGCCAAUGGCGGCUUCUGCCAGGCUUCGGGCAUCAAGAUCACCUGCGAAAAUAACCUCACCUCCAGCUACACACCGCCCUACCCUGCUCAAUGUUCAAAGGGCAAGUGUCCUGUGUCUAAGACCAGUUAUCCAAAAUGGACCGAGUGUUGCUCGAUGGACGGCAAGGAGAUUGGCUGCUGCUCUCCACUGGCCCAGCAGAUCCUGAGCGACCGCUUCAGCUCUUUCUCCAAGAGUCCGAAGUGCAGCACAGCCCUGGCCAAGCAGCUGUCUCCCUGUCUGUCUCAGCUCACACAGUGUUUGAGCAAUGUGACCGCGGUGGGCGAAGAGAAAGUGUGCCCCGACCUGCACGGCUGCAGUGCACCCUUCCAAACCAACGACACCUGUGAGAAGUUUGCCGGCAAAGGGUCUUUGUUCUGCACACGCUCUUGUCCAGGCCAGCCCAACUGCGACCAGACCAGUUUCUGCGUGCCCAAGGACUGCACAACGGCGGAUGCGCUCAGUGCCAUGGCGUACAGCGAUGCCGUGAUCAGCUGUAACCUCUGGAAGACGGGCGGCGUGGAGUACUGCAGAUGGGUCAACGUCACCAUUACCUGCGAAGAUGGCACUUCCGGUGCUGGAUCAUACGAUGAUCGAGCCAAGUUCUGCAAGCCACCCAUCGUGCCUAGCCAUGGCAACAUCACAGUCACCAGACCACCGGGGGCUAACAAGAACUACACAUACCCUGUUGGUGCGUCCGUCACGUACGCCUGCGACCAUGGUUACGGACCAGACGGCAACUCUCCCAUUAUCCAUUGCCAGGACGACGGCACCUGGGACUUCAAGGGAUCCAACUGCAACCCGGUGGACUGUAAGAAACCAAUGGUGGACCCUUCGUCUGGUGUUGUCAUCGACGGCAAGAGCUACACGUUUGGCGACGUCGUGCACUUCAAGUGCUCCGAGGAGGGCUUCUACGCCACACCGGCAUCCUCUGUGUGCCAAGCAGACACCACAUGGGAUUACGAUACUCUGCCCUACUGUCAAGCUGCCAAUUGCCCGGACCUGUGGUCUCUGUACGGAGAGAACAAUGAGAACAAGGUGCCCUAUGGCACGGUGAUGCUGGAGAGGACCGGUGUGAAUGACUCUGCACAGAUUGGUCAAUCCGAUCACCUCUAUGGUGCCAAGUUGAAGUACAUCUGUUCACCGCCGGCCUUGGCAAGCGGUCCCACAACACUAACUUGUCAGAACAAUAGUCAGUGGAGUAGUCCACCACCGAUAUGUGACGUUCCACUGGUGGGCUGCAACUCCACAACCGACUGCAAGGACGUGUCCGGUCACCCUACAUUUACUGAGUGCUGUUCAUACGGUACAGAGUCGUUGGGAUUAUCCUGCUGCCCGACUACCACAAAGUCAGUUCUGUCUGCGCGCUUUGAUGGCCUGGCGGGACAGUGCUUGGCCGACAUGACUGCUGCGUACAGCUCUUGCUCCAACCAAGUGGUCCAGUGCCUGAGUGAGCCCGAUGGCCUGUGCGGACUUGAGGUCCAGAGGUUCUACACGUACGGGUGCAAUGGCGGCGUGCCUGUCCCGCCUGCGACACAGUUCACUGACGAGUUGAACAAGUUCUGUCACACGUACGGGCCAGCCAACUCGGUGGCGUGUCUGGAAACCGUUACGCUAAUCACAGGAGAACAAGUCGUCGGUCAAACAGCGUGCAUUCCAGAUUCGUGCGUGAAUGACACGAGCCUUGCUGCCAUUGCCAAGUCAUCGCUGGAGAUGUACUGCGCUAUCAACGCCGAUCCCUUCUACUGCCAGUAUCAGAGCGUUCAGCUGGAUUGUCAAACUGGUAUCAGUGCUCAGAUUGACAUGGAAGCCUCGUGCUCCCAGUGCCCACCGCCAGAUCAACCCACGCUCACGGAGUGCUGCGAGGUGCAGAACUACACGCUCGGUUGUUGCUCAAAGGGUGUCCACAAGGUGGUAGAGGAUCGUUUUGUUAACGCCAGCCAGGCGUGCCAGGAGGGACUCGGCCAGCAGCUGUCAAUGUGCGGCCAGGCGAUAGUCAGCUGCAUGAAUCAGGUCGAGCUGAAGGGCGUGCGUCAUGCCUGCCCCAACUGGCACAACUGCCACGACUGGAUUGGCAUGGAUGCAUGCCAGAUGAACUUGGACAAUGUCACGACGGAGUGUAUGAGCACGUGCAGCGGAGUGGAUACUUGCCAUGCCGGUCACUACUGCCUGCCCCAGGCCUGUAUGAACGAGGCCGACGUGCAGGCGGUCGCCAGUCAGGACGCACUGCUGAACUGUGGCUACUACAAGUUUGCGUCGGGCAACACCACGUGUGGACAGGUGUCAGUGAACACGCAAUGUUAUGCUUCUGAUGGUAACAAUAUCUCAGCAGCUCACAACGUCACAGAUAACGGUGUGGUGAACAUCACAAUGUGCAACAAACCGUUCAUACCGGACAACGGUUACGUGCUGCCUGCAAUGGACACGUACCGCAGUGGCGUGUCACUGCACUACUAUUGUGACAAGUACUACCGCUAUAAUCCACAGGGAACACACACCACGUAUUCGGUCAACAUCACCUGCAUGCCGUUCGGAGGGUGGCAAGGAUAUCCGCCAGACUGUGUCCCCAUCAACUGUCCGGACAUUCUCGGAAAUCUGGAUGGUGGCCGAUUCCCGUACGGACAGAUAACCGUGCAGCAGGAAGGAGUGAACGGCUCCGAGUGUACACCCGGCCAAGAAGGCGAUCCAUGCCUACACACUGCGACGGCAACACUGAAGUACAAUUGUGACAAUGGAACCAAGCUGGUUGGCUCGCUGUACCGCACCUGCACUGAGGAUGGCACUUGGAAUGGAACACAGGCUAUAUGUACCAUUCCCACCCAGCCGUGCUCCGUGAAGCAGAAGACCUGCAGUGGCAGCACGCCAGUCUGCAUAUCCGUGGGAACGGACUCGGGGCCCAUGUGCGGCACACGGAGAACUCAAGAGUUUGUAGAUGUACGCUUCGCCGGGCUGUCAGGUGAUUGCAAGAAUGCGCUGCUGGAAUCCUUUGCGCCUUGCAUGACUCAAGUGAUUGAUUGCCUGAACCGCGCCGAGUCCUCCCCGGAGUGCCUCGACUUCCUGUAUAACUUCUACAUGUACGGUUGCAACAAUGGAGCACCGCCACCGAGGCCGGAUAUGCCAGGCAAGAAGCUUCACCAGUUCUGCGAGGCGUACGGACCACCGUCGUCGUUGGCGUGCGUGGACCACAGCGACAAUAUCGACGCGUCGUCGAACGACCCGAUACCGUUCUGCUUACCGCCGCAGUGUACUGGAGAUCUGCAGGCGUUUGCCAAUGCUACGCGAAUGCUGCGCUGCAAGGCACUGGACGUGUUUCCCACCUGUCAGGUCUACAAAGUCGACCUCACCUGUGAAUACCCUAACGCCACCAAGAGGCUCUAUGGAUCCGCUGCACCAGACACAUCCUGUGAUCAAUGUCCCCAUCCAGGCCAGGACGCAUCACUGACCGAGUGCUGCGCUCUUGGCGACGUGAAGUUUGGAUGCUGCCGCAAAAACGUUUCUGAUAUCCUGGCUAUGCGCUUCGCCGAAUUAUCCACUGGCUGCACGCAAGCCUUGGGCCACGACUUCCGACCGUGCCGUGCCGCACUCCUGGACUGUUAUAACCAGGGCAAGAACUAUCACAGCAGCCCUGAUCCACUCAACAACUGCCCAAGCCUGUACGGCUGUACUGCAAAACUGACCAGGGGAGAGGGCGACUGCAUUGGCUUCACUGGCGCGAAUUCCUCCUACUGUGCAGCCAACUGUACAACGGACAUUGGCAACACGAAAACACGGGACUUCUGCCUUCCUGGCUUGUGCACCAACGAGGGCGACAUCCAGGCGUACGCCCAGUCGGAAGCCAGUGUAGUAUGCUACAUGGCGAAGCAAGCAACGAAGCAACUGUCCUGCGGAGAGGCCGACUCACUGCUUUCCUGUGACGCUUUGGGUUUCUCUCAUGAGUACAGCUAUAAGGCCAAGUUCUCAGAUGUGGUUGGAACAACGGCCUUUGCGCCAACAACCGGUCCCCUCAAGAAGAAGAAGUCGAAGACGGGCGUGAUUGUAGGCGGCAUCAUGGGCUCAGUGCUGGCCGUUGGCCUGACUGUCCUCGUCUACCUCUUCUACCGGAGACGCUACGCGAGAAAACGUGGCGACUUCACGCCACUGAAGAACCUGCAGGAGGAUGAGGAUGAGGAUGAGGAAGCGUAAGACGCAUCAGAUAUGUGCCAGAGCAUUGGCCUUGCACAGCCAGGCGCACAAUGCUAUUUGAUCCAGAUUUUAGUUUUCGAAUUUGAGCAUUAUUUUUGUAAGCAACUACACCAGGGCUUUUAACUUGUCCAUUCUCAUAAUGCUCGCAAUGCCGAAGUGUCCUUUUCUUGCCCAUCGUGAGUUCAGUGACAUCUGAAACAGAUUGCUGAGACAUUAAUUUUGUUUUCUGACGCAUUUUGACGCGUUUGACUUGGUUGCUGGCACCUUCAUGAACCUCUAUUUUCAAUAUCUUUACCUCGUAUAUUUUGCUAGUACAUCCCCAAUACUAUAAUUAUUGUCAAUUUUAUAAACCUAAUACUUUCAUUCUCAACCAGAUUUCUUUAUUAGCCAUGAUAUUCGCAAUUUCCCCUGAUCAGCAAAGUCCUCUCCCCAUGCCAUAGCCUGUAGGUACCACCCUAUGUGCACAGUUAUAAACAAUUUGUGGACCUGUAUGGCACAGAGGCUGCUUGCACUUCUUUUCGAUGCACGGUGCCGCACACCCGUUUUCCAGCAGCAUGCAUUAUUGCCGGUGUGUCACGGUAGAGUUAUUACAAGCAUUUUUUUUACGACUCCCCAAUAUGUAUGGUGACAUCACAGUGCACCCAAUAUGUAUGGAUGACAUCGCAGUGCAGUCCGUGUCAUUACGCAUGCAGCCUGUGAUACAUCUUCAUGCAUGGCCAAUACUCUUGUCCAGAUCAA